AUGCCUUCACUUUCAUAUUUGGAUAUAUCACAAUGUCCCAAAUUGAUUAGUGUUCCCACAGGGGGCCUUCACUGUCUCACAGGUUUAAGGAUAUUGGAAAUGGAAAUCGGUCCUUUCUCAGAGAUGGUGGAUUUUGAGGCAUUCCAAUUGAUUUUUAAUGGCAUUCAGCAGCUGUUGUCCCUUCGUUUAUAUGGUGUUGAGAUUAGCAAUAUUGCAUCAAGCAACAAUACCCAAGUGUUCCCGUCAUUGAAAGAACUAGUAUUGGAGGAUAUGUGUAGCCUUAUUGAGUGGAAGGGAGAUGAAGUUGGAGCAAGAAUGUUUCCUAGGCUUGAGAAGUUGAGGAUUAAAGACUGUCCAUUGUUAAAAAGUACUCCAACUCAAUUUGAAAUCCUCCGUGAAUUAAGCAUUGAAGGAGUUGACAGUGAAAUGCCAUUGUUGAACUUGUGCAGCAACUUGACAUCUCUUGUGGAUCUUUAUGUUAGUAAUGUGAAAGAGCUCACUUGUCUUCCAGAUGAGAUGCUACGCAACAACGUUUCUCUUCAAUACAUAUCAGUCUUCGACUGCAGAGAUUUUCGUGAAUUUCCACAAAGUUUAUACAAUCUCCAUUCUCUUGAGAGAUUAAUGAUUGCCAGCUGCACCAAUUUCAGUUCUUUUCCUGUUCCCAGUGGAGAUAACUAUUUGACUUCCCUCCAAUUAUUUCAGUUAUGGUAUUGUGAUGGAUUCAUCAGCUUACCAAGUGGAAUGCUAGAUCAAUGCCGGUCUCUAGCGUUUUUGAAUGUCAGCAACUGUAACAACUUAGUUUCCUUGCCUUUACAUGUGUGCCAAAUGCCUUUACUUUUGUAUUUGAAAAUAUCACUUUGUUCCAAAUUGGGGGCCUUCACUGUCUCACCGGGUUAA